AACAAGAUAUGAGGAUGAUCUACAAUUCCCACGAGUUGUUUGGAGACAUGCAUGUAUGUCAUCAAUGGUUAGGACGCGCACAGAGAACCGCUGAGGAAGGGGAUUGAGUUGAUAAAACCGGCGUGGUAUUAGUUCUAUGGGAAUUAUAAUCAAUAAUAAUGUCCCACAUUAAAGUUCCUAUUGUUGAUACGGAGAGGCGUAGGCGGAUGUCCACGGCUGAAAGUUCAGAUACCCAAUGGGACCAUGACCCCAGGGUCUACCGCCGUACAUCCCAGUGUGACAGACUGUGUGUGGACAUUGGCAGCCAUGUGGCCGAGACCCCCUCCCCAGAUGUCUCCCACCAACACACCCCCAAAUUCUUGUCUGCACACAAAGGAGGCACCACUCCUUGUCACUAUGGGGAAGAGGUUUGGCAGGAUGGCUCGAGCUUGAGGACCACCAUCCGAGCAGAGAAUGAAGUAGAGGCAAACAAACUGGCCAACAACUACAGGUUUGGCUUCAGAAAGUGGAAGAGUCACGUGACUGAGAGGCCCAUCGAGGACAGGUCGGACAUUGUGAGGGAGCUCUACUCAGAGCUGAACUUUGUCAGACCCCAAGGUUCAUUGAUCACUUGUGGAAACAUAGCAUACUUGAUUUUAUUUGGAUGGUGGAUCUCUUUAGCCUACCUCUUGGUCUGUGUCCUAAUGUUUCUGACCAUCAUUGGAGUUCCUUAUGGGAAGCUGUGUUGGAAGUUAUCAUGCUACUUUCUGUGGCCAUUUGGGAAGUCCAUACUAAAGUGUUUCAUCACUAACAGGGCCCAUGACAUGGAGAAGACUUUGGCCAGAACUUUCUGUGCUCACUCACUCCCUACACUGGCUUCCUGUUAA